GAUGUUGCGCUUUUUUGGAGCUGCGUUUCCGCGCUGUCAUUGUUUCCGUUUCCACCUCCAAGAAGCUUCACGCCUCCACAUAGCCUAUAUAGUCCUCUUUUUUUCUUGUUGUUUUGCAUUGCCUUGGAUCCGCUGAACGUAGGGCUAUCAAAAGUUUGAGGAGAGUAAAUCUUCCAACAAUGGGCGACAUCGAGACUCCAGACUCGACCGAGCCGCGUCAGGCUGUCCUGCUCUCUUUUCUUCCGAGCAAAGAGUUCGCCACCUCCAGGAAAGGAAUGCUGCUUAUUGGUGAAGUGGCUCUUUCCUUCAUAUCGUUUGUGUGUUUUGCGGCAUCUAUUGCUGCAGCCUUUGUGACUGUUCCCCUGCUGGAGUUUCUGGCUGCUCUCUUCUUGUUGUUUGCCUACUCCACCAAAUUCAAUGAGAGAUUUAAAGGCUACUGCUGGCCUCUUACGGACUUCAUGAGAUGUGUGACUGCCUCCAUUAUCUUUUUCAUCAUCUCCAUAAUGGCAGUGUCCAAAUACCCGGAUGGUUCCUCUAAGGCCGCUGGGAUAUUUGGGUUUGUUGCCACCAUUGUGUUCGCUUUAGAUUUUUAUCUAAUAUUUAAUGAGCUGGCCACUUUCCUAAAACAAGGAGGAGAGUCCAAUGAGGAACCAUCAGGCCAACGAGAAGACUUUUCAGACUCAGACUCGGAUUGAAACCACAGGGAUCCUCACCAGCAGGUGUGGUUUGUCUGAACCCUUGGAGGAAAAGUCAACACUGCUGAGCUGCCGUCUUUAAAGACCUGCAAGUGUUUCAUCAUUCAGUAAUGCUGCAUUUAAACUGUGUGUGGCUUAAAUCACAACAAGGUCACACCAGUUACAUGUUUUCAUCUGUAGCUGCAGAAAUUAAGAUUAAAAGGGGGAGUUUUAACUGAAUAUGUUUGUUUUGUUACACAGCUCUGACAUAAAUCGUGUGGUGCCAGUUUAAACUGUUGAUCUUCUGUUUCUGAUCUUAACUUUUUUUUUCUUCUCAAACUCAUUUCCUGGGUCUUAUCCACUUCUUCUCCUAGGUUGAUGGAACGAUUAAGGUUUUUACCAAAUGAUCUGAUACUAUUGUGAAGCUGUGAAAUCCUUGUUUCAGUUAUUAGAGGCUGUUUGAUUAAUCUGAGGGAGAACAUGUCCAAUUCUGAAAUAAUAACUAAUAUAGAUUUUUUAGAUUUAUUGUGACUGUGUCAGCCAAUUAGAACCCUAAAUGAAUGGCCUAAAUGAAUAAAUAUUAACCAGUGCACUGAUAAUUAAGAUUUACUAAACAAAGAUGUGCAAAUCAAAAAGACACGAGGACCUUCAUUUAUACAGUUGCAGUAUUUUUAUGUAUAGAAGAGAAAUUGGUUGGCUGGUUACAACCUGUCUGUUUUUUUUUUGUUUGUUUGUUUUUUUUAAUAAGCUGAGAAUAAUGUUUGCUUAUUGUCUAUUAAAUUGAACCUUUUAAGUCUGGUGAGAUGCCUCCACAGUGUGACAUUGUUUAAUUUUCAGAAACAUGUUUAAGAAUUUUAUGAAUUUAUGCAACAGAACUUUUUCUUUUGAACUAAAAUUUGAGAGAUUCUCUAUGCUUGUUUCAUUUUGCUGCAUGUACUCUGCCUCAACAAUAUACUAAUGCUAAUUUAGUCAGCAAUCCUGUGAGGACAAUCUAAACUGUGUGAAUAAACUUGAUUGUUUUGUUUUUGGUGGACAGACCGUUUGUACAUGUUUGAUCCUCUAGUUCAUCCACUGCCACUUUGUUGCACUAGAGCGCCUCAGUGACUGUUUAUGUGACAUGUACUGGACUACAUGAUUGUCACAGCAACACCGAAUAUUGGAGUUAGUUGAUAUUAUUUGGAAUGUUGAAUUUCAGCCAUUCUCAGUAACUAGUGCAUUUAUAGGUAGAAAUAUCUGAGAGGGUCUGGUUUAGAAACUGGAUUUAACAAAGGUGAUCAGAUCUGUAUCUGCUAACAACUUUAUGUUGAUGGAUCUGCAAUGCAAAACAUAAAAAACAACCAAAGAAAUAUGAAGUUUUCAUGAAUUAAAAAAACGAACAAAAAGCUAUUUUGGACAUUUAUGUGAUCUAUUUACCCUAAGAAGCACCAUUUAAUACAUGAGACUCUUGCAUGUGGAUUUUUUUUUCUCCUGCUGUUCUUGGCCUUUUGUGCAAAGAUGUUUCAAUAAAAAAUUGUUU